UUGGCAGCCUGGGCCAUCCGGGAGGGAGGCCAGGGGUUCCUUGAGGGUUGGGUCAGUAAUGGCAGUCACGUGGGCCGGGACCUUUUUCCUUAAAGGCCCUGGCACGGCCAGCACAGGUUUGCACACUGCACAACCAUCUGAGAUACGCAACCAUUCCUGCAGGAAGAAAGGAAGCAUUCAGCAUUCCCAGCCAGCCAUCAUGACGGACAGAAGCCCUUUCGAAACGGAUAUGCUCACCCUGACCCGCUAUGUUAUGGAGAAGGGGCGUCAGGCCAAAGGGACAGGGGAGCUCACCCAGUUGCUGAAUUCCAUGCUGACUGCCAUCAAAGCCAUCUCGUCUGCUGUGCGCAAGGCCGGCCUGGCCAACCUAUAUGGAAUUGCAGGAAGUGUGAAUGUAACAGGGGAUGAAGUGAAGAAACUGGAUGUGUUAUCCAAUUCCCUGGUGAUCAACAUGCUUCAGUCUUCCUACAGCACCUGUGUCCUGGUCUCUGAAGAGAAUAAAGAGGCCAUAAUCACCUCUAAGGAAAGAAGAGGGAAGUACGUGGUCUGCUUUGACCCACUGGAUGGCUCUUCCAACAUUGACUGUCUAGCUUCCAUUGGAACCAUAUUUGCCAUCUACAGAAAGACCACAGAUGAUGAGCCAUCGGAAAAGGAUGCCCUGCAGCCUGGCCGAAAUAUUGUGGCAGCUGGCUAUGCACUCUAUGGAAGUGCGACCCUGGUAGCUCUUUCCACAGGUCAAGGCGUGGACCUCUUCAUGCUGGAUCCAGCUCUUGGUGAAUUUGUGCUGGUGGAAAAAGAUGUUAAGAUUAAGAAAAAAGGAAAGAUUUACAGCCUCAAUGAGGGCUAUGCCAAGUAUUUUGAUGCUGCCACCACUGAAUAUGUGCAGAAGAAGAAAUUCCCUGAGGAUGGUAGUGCCCCUUAUGGGGCCAGGUAUGUGGGCUCUAUGGUGGCUGAUGUGCACCGCACCCUGGUCUAUGGAGGGAUCUUCAUGUACCCAGCCAACCAGAAGAGUCCUAAGGGAAAGCUCCGGCUCCUCUAUGAGUGCAAUCCUGUGGCCUAUAUCAUUGAGCAGGCAGGAGGUGUGGCAACCACAGGUACCCAGCCCGUGUUGGAUGUAAAGCCUGAGAGUAUUCACCAACGGGUGCCCCUCAUUCUGGGGUCCCCAGAUGAUGUACAAGAAUAUCUCACCUGUGUCCAGAAAAACCAGACUGGCAAGUAGGCGGUUUGACCAUAAGCCUUUUCUCUUUGUCCAAGUGAAAGAGACAUGGAGAUAGAUGGUGAAGAUGAGGAAACAGAAGGCAAAUCAAAUUCAGGAGAGAACAGUAACAACUGCUAAGGACAGAUGGAAAGGGCUGAA